AGGAUGUUGUCAGUCGAUCCAGCGAUGUCAGGGCGAACGAGACGAAGUUAUGACGCUUCUCUUGCUAUUCUCCCGCCACUAUUAUUUUCGUUGUCGUCGUCGUCGUCGUCGUUGUUUGUGGUGGUGGUGUGGUGGUGGUGUGGUGGUGGUGAUGUUCCGCUAAUCCGUUCUCUUUUUAAAGACAUUGUUUUCCCUGUCGAUGGUUUAAAUGCUAAGACAAGGUUCACUUGAAAAGAACGUGAUCGUGAAUGAGAUAUCAGUGACAAAUUAUUUACAUACAAGUUACAUUUCAUAGAAUUUGCUAUACUGCGAAUAUUUUUACAAAGAAUUUCAAAGAAUUCGAAGAAUUUGGACUGCCAGACUUCUCUUGUUCUUCUCCUCUCAUUUGUGUGUGUGGCUUUUUCCAGACAUUUUGUCUGGAGCACAGAGAAGGUUUUCUAUUUCCGGCUCUAUAUCGACUCUCAGUGGAGGAAAGUUGGUGAAAAACCUUCUCGUCUCUUCGGUGAUAUUAAUUUACGUCUCUUCUCUCGGUUAUUUUGUUCUUUUUUCUAUUUUCGAACCACAAAAGUAGAAAGCCGAGAAACGAUGCGGCAUACCGCAAAAGAAAAAAUUCCGUUUUUUUGUUAAUUAUACAACGAACAAGUAAAAGAAUUGAUAUUAUUAACUGUAGGAUUUAGUGGUAAACCUAUAAAGUGUAUUUAAGAAGAUACGAGGAAGAUUUUUUGUGGAUAAAAGAAAUUGGUCGAUGGUUAGAGACAUUGAUAUUUACGAAUGAAAAUCGACUCGAUAACAGAUACUCGGUUAUCGGUAUACCGGAGUGAGUGACUCUACUAAGGAGUCGGUAACUUCGACACUCGAAACCGACUGGUAGGUAAGAUUACACCUUGGGGAAAGGCACAAAGACACAGGGGACCGGUUGCAUCGGGACACCAGAUAGAGAAGGGUAAAUCGGAAAAGACAACGACAUUCGAUUGUCGUAACUCGUGGAAGAAGGGUCGAUUUUCCUUUGAUCGAAACAUCUUCAGGAUUAUCGUUUCGUCACAGAUGGCGAGAUGACAAUAACCUCUUUGCGAGGAACUACUUGAAGAUCCCAAGACCGAAGCAUCCAGGUAGUGUGGUGCAUCCAGGACGAUGAACCAAAUCGUCAGGAUGUCGUCCUUGUUUUUUCCUAUUUCCAUUUAAAAGACGUCGUUUAUAAAUAUGGAGUGGUUGUCGCGUUGUGUUUGUGGCUCCAAAAAAAAGGAUCCUGAUAAGGAAGAAAACAAACUGAAAGAGACCAAUCGGCACAAUAGAAAAAAAUCCAAAAUUUUCGAUGACUCUUCAUCCUUGCCUCCUCCUCCUCCGCUCGAUGUAUCGCCGAGUUGCGAUAAAUCCUUUAACGUGGACGAGGUUAUAAAACAGAACCUCAAAGUGAAUAAUAAAAAGGAGGAUGAUGAAAUAUUGUUGGACGAGAGAGAGGACAAAUUGGACAAAAAAAUCGAUCGAGAUGAAGUUUCCACGAGUGAUGGUGGUCUCCUCUUGGAAUUUACUUGGACGACCAACGAGAAGAGAUUUAGUCACGAAAAUGAUUUUAAUAGAUUGAUCGAAAAUGAAGACUCGGUAUAUCAAGAUUCAAGUAACGAGGAGGGUGAGGAGGAGGGUGAGGAAGAGGAUCAUCGAUACAGCGAGGAUUCUUUGAGCAAGGAUUCCUCGAAAGAUUAUCGAUCGGUGGAGGAGGAAGAAAUCUUGGAAAAAUCAACAGCAACGUCCGUUAGUACAUCUAGUCCUGCAUUUGAGUUGUUAACAACUGGUGAAAGGCAAGAAGAUGAUACGUUUUCGGAGAAUUCGUUGAAAAUUUCUAGAGCUAGAAGAAACGAGGAGAGGAUAUCAUCGAGGAUCAACUUUCCUAUCAAAAGUCCUUCUAAUGAUUACGAUAUUGGAUCGAAGAAUCGAGACAAAUCCCUGAUAGCAACGAAACAGAAGAAGAAAAAUAGCAUUAAAAGAUCGAAAUGUAGCAAAGAUGUUGUCGAACGUUCUUCCCCCUCAGUUUCUCUAAAUAAAAAAUCUAUAAAUAAAUGCAAAAACAAGUUUGAAUUGAACGUCGAUGAAUCGUCGACCUCUGUAAAAUCAGCUACCUUCGAUAAGAAAGAUUUGAAAAAGAAGUUGAAUUCUUGUAGUUUCGAAGUAAAACUUGAAGAUAAUCACGAAAAUCGUGCAAGUGGAAAAAAAGAUAAAGGAAGAGAAGGAGGAUCCAUGAUACCAAGACCUUCGUCUCAUAAUCGAAUUAAACGGGAAAUGAUAGGUCCUGUUAAAUCGCAAAACGAAGAGAACGGUCGCGUUCAUUCGGCUAUCGUCUCUGGUGUCAAUUGGGAGCAACGUACCGUGACUGUAGAAUGGUUCGAAAAAGGAGAAACCAAAGGAAAAGAGGUGGAGAUCGAUGCGAUUCUCGCCUUGAAUCCGGAAUUAAAUAAAAAGACGAUGGGACCACCGCAAAUGAAUAAUGUGGUAGAAUUAGUAAAGGACUCUUCCGGCGAGGAGGAUGAGGGGGUUGACGAAUUGGAAAAUCAGGAAGAAGGUUCACUCGGACGACACGGUGGUGGCGGUCACACCGCAAGAAAUGGCCUUACAUCCGCAACGCUUCCUGUACGAGUCACAUCUCGUCUUUCGUACUCCUCGAGGCCGUCGGUUCCAGUUAAAGUGAAUACGAGACAAACAUCACGACAAACAGGUCGACCGACAAACAUUAUGGCUCCAGUAACGUCAGUAAAUGGUCAUGGUGAUUCUGUUUCUGGAUUGACGGGAAGACGAGAAUUAGAGAAUAUACCACCACCGGCACCGAUGACACAGUUAAAUCUUACGAGUGUCCCUCAGAGUAAGCAAAAGCAAGCUCAGUUACAACAACAGCAGCAACAGCAACAGCAACAACAACAACAACAACAACAACAACAGCAAGCACAACAGCAACAACAAGCACAAUUAGAGAAUGGUAGAGGUAGACGAUCCAAUGUCGUUAAGGAAGUAGAAAGACUGAAAAAAAAUAGAGAAGAAAGGAGACAACGCCAGGCAGAACUUAAAGAAGAAAAGGAAGCUCUGAUGAAUUUAGAUCCAGGCAAUCCUAAUUGGGAAUUUCUUGCCAUGAUUAGAGAAUAUCAGAAUAGUAUAGAAUUUCGGCCAUUGCGAGAAACUGAUACCGUUGAGGAUCAUCAGAUCACUGUAUGCGUGAGAAAACGACCAUUGAAUAAGAAAGAAGUGGCACGUAAAGAAGUCGACGUGAUCAGUGUGCCCAGUAAAGGUCAAAUGGUAGUCCACGAGCCAAAAGCCAAAGUAGAUUUGACGAAAUAUUUGGAAAAUCAGAUUUUUAGGUUCGAUUAUGCGUUUGACGAAACAUGUAACAAUGAGAUAGUCUACAAAUACACAGCAAAGCCAUUGGUACAGACGAUUUUUGAAGGUGGUAUGGCUACAUGUUUCGCCUACGGACAAACUGGUAGUGGAAAAACACAUACUAUGGGUGGUGAUUUUAAUGGUAAAACGCAGGACUGUAAAAAGGGUAUAUACGCUAUGGUUGCUAAGGAUGUCUUCAAAUGUCUUAAAAUGGCGAAAUAUCGUCCAUUAAAUCUCGUUAUCUCUGCUAGUUUUUUCGAAAUCUAUUCUGGAAAAGUGUUUGAUCUCUUGGCGGAUAAAGAGAAGUUGAGAGUAUUAGAGGAUGGGAAACAACAAGUUCAAAUAGUUGGACUAACGGAAAAAGUAGUAGAAACGUGUGAUGAGGUAUUAAAAUUGAUACAACAUGGUAACAGCGCUAGAACGAGUGGUCAAACCAGCGCAAAUUCCAAUUCUUCGAGGUCACACGCGAUAUUUCAAAUAAUAGCAAGAACCUCGGGUACGCACAGAGUGCACGGAAAAUUUUCUCUAGUUGAUCUUGCUGGAAAUGAAAGAGGCGCCGAUACUUCUUCAGCGAAUAGGCAAACGCGUAUGGAGGGUGCUGAGAUAAAUAAAUCCUUGCUAGCGUUAAAGGAGUGUAUUCGUGCUCUAAGUCGUAAAGGAGCACACUUGCCUUUCAGGGCAAGUAAAUUGACUCAGGUGUUGAGGGAUAGUUUUAUUGGUGAAAAAUCCAAAACUUGUAUGAUAGCGAUGAUUAGUCCUGGUAUGAGUUCUUGCGAGCAUUCAUUAAACACAUUAAGGUACGCGGAUAGAGUAAAGGAAUUAGCUGCAACUGAUCCAUCGGAAAUCAAAGUUUCACCUACGGACGAUGAUCGAGGACUGAAGAUAGAAGAACAGGCUAACAAUAGCGUUCUUUCAGACAGUGAUCUUGCACAACUUCGAUCUUUGAAUGAAGGUGAACUUUCGCAAGACCUCUAUACUUUUCACGAAGCAGUUUCUGUUUUACAAAUGUUAGAAGAGGAGGUAUUAGAUACACACAAAAUGGUAAUGGACAACUCGACCAGAUUUCUCAAUGAAGCACACAGUGUAUUCAGUGCAACACACGAAGUGGACUACGAUCAAGAAGAUUUCAGAAGGAAAAGAACAAAGUUUGAGUCACCCUACCUAAGGAGCUUCUCGUUGCAUAGGCGUCUGAUAGAAAGAAAACUAUUUUCGGAUGCGUAUGCCCAGAAAUGGGAGCAGUUGUUGGUGCAGCAACGUGACAGCCUGAACGCUGCAUUGGACCAAGUCAGUCAAUUUCGAAGCCAGUUACUGCAAGAAGAACAAAUCAGUCAGAAGAUGACGCGAACGCGCAACUUGCGAUAUAAUUAAAGACGUAAAAAUCUAAAAGCAUACACUCAUUACCGGAAGGAAGGAAGGAAGGAAGAAAGGAAGAAAAGA